AUGGCGGUUAUGAGUGAAAAACAGGCUACGCCUGAUUACGAAGAAUUUCUCAAAACGUUUACGAGCACAUGUCUGCAAAAAGGCCUAUUAGAUCGACCUGAUAGUUUAGAGCUCAAGGACUCUUGUGAUGGGUUGCUCGACCAGCCGACUCUUUUACGUUUUUUAACCGCUCGAAAAUUUGACAAUGACGAGGCGGUCAAGCACUUUGAGGCGGCACACAAAUUUCGUGAACAAAAGCACAUCAUCAGACUUUACGACUUGAUACAAAUUGCAGAUUUCGAGAGUGCCCGUUCAAUGUUCUUUCAUUGGACGGGACGAAGAGGCAAAGAAGGCCACCCCAUCUGCUUCUUCGAUCUCGAUUGUCUGGACAAGAGCGCCCUUGCUCGGUGGGAUACGUCAAGCACGGCUGCAUACUGGCACUACUCGCAAAUUGAUACAGCCCCGCCGAAUCCUCACGUUUUACAACUGACCUCAGUGUUCAUAGAUAGUUUGAGCAGAUUUGUUGUGCCCCUUUGUUCCAUGAUGCCAGAUAGGGUAGGACAAUCAGGCCCCAUCACCGGCUCUAUUUAUCUAGCAGAUGGGUCGAAUAUAGGGCUGAAGAUGGCGUGGAGCGUAAAAUACUUCGCUCAGCAUGUCAGCUGGCUUUUGUCCACCUGCUACCCAGAGACUAUUGAGAAAAUCUUUGUUUGCAAUGUUCCCUCGUAUUUCCCAACUGUUUGGAGGUACUUAAAACCCUACGUCGAUCCCUUCACAGCACAGAAAGUUGUCUUUUUGCUUCCCUCUGAGGUGCUACCCACGUUGAGAGAAUAUGUCGAUGAUGCCAACAUUCCUGUCCAACUGGGUGGAGGCCAUUCGUUCACACACGGCCAGCUGCCAGAUCUUGAGGAUAGAAUCCAACAGUACUUGGGACUCGAUAACACAAACAGAGCUCUACCACAAGGCCCUAUCAAGUGGAUUCAAGAAACCGAUGGCAGAAAAACAGCCUUAGCAGUCGGCAGCGAAGCUGGCUCGGAGAGAAAUGACCGGAUCGCCACGGUCAGAGUGUCUCAGUGA